CUUCUAUCAUGCACUGAACUGUGCACACACAGAUCAAUGAUCUCUAUCCACUUUUAUUUUUGGUUGCUAGAGAAUCCGAAUUCCAGACAGAUUUGCUAUUAAAUAGAGGCUCUAAGGAUUUCAGGAGUAUUGUCUGCUGCUUGGUCGCCGACGUCAAGGACCCAAUUCUCUCCACGUUAUAUCAAUUGGUAUAAAGCAAUAUGGCUAAUGCACCGGCAAUUGGAAUCGAUCUUGGGACAUCUUACUCGUGUGUUGGAGUAUUCCAGAAUGGGAAGGUUGAAAUCAUUGCCAACGACGAAGGAAACAGAACAACUCCAAGCUAUGUUGCAUUUACUGAAACUGAGUGCUUGGUUGGAGAUGCAGCAAAGAACCAGGCAGACAUGAAUCCAACCAACACAAUCUUUGAUAUUAAGCGAAUCAUUGGUCGACGAUUUGAUGAUUCAUAUGUACAGCGUCUCGUGAAAACUUGGCCCUUCAAAGUUAUCAACUUUGAAAACAGACCAAAAAUUGAAGUUGAGUUCAUGAAUGAAAAGAAGACCUUCUUCCCCGAGGAGAUUAGUGCCCUGGUUUUAACGAAGAUGAAAAAGACUGCAGAGUCAUAUCUAGGAAAGAAAGUAACUGAUGCUGUUAUAACAGUACCAGCGUACUUCAAUAACUUACAAAGACAGGCAACCAAGAAUGCUGGUGUGAUUGCUGGCCUUAACGUCUUGCGUAUCAUCAAUGAACCUACUGCAGCUCAGGCUUGUAUUGCCUGUGUUCUGGACACUAAGGAAGAAGCCGAGCGAAAUAACGUGAUCCUUGACCUUGGUGGUGGAACGUUCGACGCGUCAGUAAUGACAGUUGAAUGUGGCAUCAUUGAAGUCAAGGCAACCAGAGGCAACACUCAGUUAGGCGGGAGAGACUUUGAUAACAAUGUGGUGGAUCAUUUCAUCGAGAUGUUCGUUAGAGAGUACAAGAAGGAUAUUUCCUCGGACAAGAGGGCAGUGAGUAGACUGAAAACCGCUUGUGAAACGGCCAAGAGGACACUCUGUGAUUCUGAUCAGGCAACCAUUGAGCUUGAUUCACUCAUGGAGGGCAUUGACAUCCGGACAUCCAUUACACGUUCCAGAUUUGAGGAUUUGAAUAAAGUGGAUAUGAGGUCAGCCUUAGACCCUGUGGAAAAGGCUCUCCAUGACGCUGGUUUGGGGAAAAAUGAAAUCCAUAAUGUUUUCUUGGUUGGUGCCUCCACCAGGAUCCCCAAAUUCCAAGAACUGGUGUCUGAUUUCUUUAACAAGAAAUUGAACACGAGCAUGAACCCAGAUGAGGCUGUCGCCUUUGGUGCAGCAUUACAAGCUGCUGUUCUAUCUGAAGACCAACCCAUGCUACCCGUACAAGUCGAAGAUCUGCUGAUCCUUGAUGUAGCUCCUUUAACCUUCAGCCUUGAGACAGCCGGUGGUGUCAUGACUUGUCUCAUAAAGAGAAACACAACAAUUCCGACCAAACAGCAACAAAUCUUCACGACUUUUACUGACAAUCAACCAGGUGUUAUCAUACAAGUCUUUGAAGGAGAGCUUGCAUUGACCAAGGAAGAUAACCUCCUUGGAAAAUUUGAACUCUCAGGAUGGAAAUCAGCACCCAGGGGUGUCCCCCAGAUUGAGGUCACAUUUUGUGUCGACGCCGAUGGUAUCUUUAAUGUAUCAGCUACAGACAAAUCUACCGGCCGGGAUGAGGAAAUCACCAUUGACAUUGAUACCAGUGCGCUUUCAAAUGAAGACAUUGAGAGGAUGGUUGCAGAAUUGGAGAAGAUCAAAUUGUAAGAUAGAGAGGUCCAGCAUCUAGACCCGAAAUUCUCUCUGGGCUUAACUACGUCCUGAAGAGUUACACAGAGGAUGAGCAAAUAGAGGACAAGGUUGCUGACCAAUGAAAAUGGAAGAAAACACAUUUAUAGGCUUACUUCAUUUGUAAGUCUUGAGUACGUUCACUUUGUUUUGUUCGAUCCCAAUUUAUUCUACGAAAAUAAUAGUGUUGUUGGGGUUUUAUUAUUUUUCAAAAUUCAAUUCAUUAACAUGGUAUUAUGUUAACUAAUAGUAAAUAAAAUUAUUUUGUAAGUUCUAUGCCUUAGAUACGGCAUAGGAUUUAAUCAUGUUUGAGAUAGGAUGUAUACGUUUUAAAGCACCAACAGCCAGUCCCAAAUUAUAUAAUUACGCAUGUACUGUAAACAUUGCUUGUAAAAUGUAAUUACGUUUAAAAAAGGUAUUCUGAAAGUGAUUGAGCCCCAAACUCAGAUCGACUUGGGCUGGGUCUAUCGAAAAUGUUUUUAUUUAAAAUCAAAAUAUAGGCCUAUUCAGAUGGAUAAACAUAAUAUAUCUGUGGAGUGUUGGUGUUCUAACUAUCUUGCCUUCAAACAAUAUCUCAUUAUGUUUAUUGGAGAUUAUUAUAUGUAAUUUUCGUGAUUUUCUGCAAAUUUUGGCGUCAAUAUAAGAGUUUGUAAGGAUACGUUCAUCCUGUAGCAUCAGAUAAAUAAUAACCCUUAUCUGAUGUAGAAAAAACUAUGGUUUAUCUAAACAGUGGAAUCAUUCAGCUAUCACGGGUCAUCCCAGUGAUAAAAAUGAAUUACAGAUUACCAAGUCAAGGUUAAAGGUCAUUCGAGGUCAUUCGUGUUUAAUUCCUGCAAGUAUUUUUUCAGUAAUUUAAAAAAAGUUAUUCAUCUCAUCUGUUUUCAAUUAAGCUUGUAUGCCGGGAGUAUCAAAGUAUCAGCCGUUACUUGAGUGAAAUUUCAGGUCUCUGAAUACAGGUCAAAUGUCAUUCCUUAGGUAAUCCCAAGGGGGUCCUUGGAAAUCCCUUAACCCUAAAAGAACUGGGCUAUUUAAGAUAUAUUGAGGACGGGGGGGCGUGAUGCCCCCCUUCAGAUCUCGGCCGCCGUUCUUGCGAACGCGCACGCA